AUAUAAAAAUCCCCAAAUCCCCACACGUCUAUCGUUUCGUUUCCUCUCUCUCCUCGUCUCGUCUCUUCUCUCUCCAUUUUUCUCGAAGCGAGAGUGCGUUGCGUUGCGAGCGGGAAGCGAAAACUCGAAACCAUGGCCACGGCCGGCGACGAGCAGCAGCAGCAGGCGGCGGCGGCGCAGACGGCGGAGGUGACGGAGGCGGCGGCGAAGGAGGUGGUGUCCGUGGAGAUGCCGGCGCCGGAGGGGUGGACGAAGAAGUUUACUCCCCAGAGAGGGGGGAGAUUUGAGAUUGUUUUUGUUUCACCAACUGGAGAAGAGAUUAAGAACAAGAGACAGCUGAGCCAGUAUCUGAAGGCACACCCUGGAGGCCCUGCAUCCUCAGAGUUUGAUUGGGGAACUGGUGAUACUCCAAGGCGCUCUGCUCGCAUUAGCGAGAAAGUUAAGGCUUUCGAUAGCCCAGAAGGGGAGAAGAUCCCGAAACGUUCUAGGAACUCAUCUGGCAGAAAGGGCAAGCAGGAGAAAAAGGAGGCCACCGAAAAUGAAGAAGCGAAAGACGCUGAAGCUGACAAGGAGGCCCCUAGCGAAGAUGCUCCAAAGGAGACUGAUGUAGAGACAAAGCCUGCUGAAGAGGCGAAGGAGGCCCCUAGCGAAGAUGCUCCAAAAGACACCGAUGUGGAGAUGAAAACUGCUGAAGAUGCCAGCAAGACCGCAGACGCCGACACUCCUGCUCCAGCACCAGCCGGAACCGAGAAGGAAGAUGCAAAACCGGCUGAAUCUGAGGCUGCUCCUCCAGCACCAUCGGAAGGAGGAGAGAAGAAAGAGGAUGCAAAGCCAGCUGAACCUGAAGCAGCAGCUGCUCCACCAAGCAACCCAACUGAGCCUUCCGCACCCAAAGCUGCUGCUGCUGCUCCAGUAGAGAACUCCGCGGACAAAGGCCCUCACCAGGACAGCCAGCCGCCUUCCGCCGCCGCCCCCGCCAAGGAGUCAUCCCCUGUCAACAACGGGCAGCUGCCGGCUGGUGCCUCUGCCGUGAAGUGCACCUGAAGAUGAAGAUGAAACCCCCCAACGAAUCAUCAUCCUCCUCCCCUUGUCCGUGAUGUACGCCUUUUAGGAAUCAUUCGCAUUUGCAUUGUGUAAUCAAAUCGACCAAGGAACUGACGUUGCUGGGUGACAGCCGGUUAUUAGGCUCUGCAUCAGUUUAGCUUGCUUGUAUGUAUGGUAUGAUUGUGGUGUGGCACAGCAACAUACAUACAUACAUACGUGUACCCUACCCAUCAUGCUCAUAAUAUCUCUUAUCAUGCCUAACUUGCUGUAAGCACAUUAAUCUUAGGACAUAUAUACCGUCGUCUGUCCGUCCGUCUGUCUGUGUUUGUACCUGUGCUGUAUUAUGUGUAAUGACUUGAUUAGCUAUCUAUGAAUAAGGUUGGAUGUGGAUGUGCAUCCUCUUAUCCAUCCAUUUAAGAUUAUCCAUCAACCCAUCAGGCAGGGUGGUUUGGAUAUAUUCCCCGGUAAUGCCUGUGUAAUACUAGUAGUGAUGUAAUCUAAGUUGUGUCUUGUGUUUGAACAUUGUAGAUCGAUGGUUUGAACGAAAUGGAAUUUGGGGGAGAUUGAAUUUCAAA